UGAACUUUAUAUAUCCAGCAGUGGUAGAAAAUAUGCAACGUUCAGGAAACGUUGUCAGUAGAAAAGGGUGAAGGGCAUUUGGGAGCAAACAGACACAUGAUUAUGCCAUACUGACAGAAAAAGAAGCACAUGACGCAGUGGAGGUAACAAUGUGAAGAUAUUCAGACAUGAUUUCAAACAAUGGUGGCAGCACAGACGGAAAAUCAUCACACCGUAACACAGGAAGCAAAGGAUCUCCAUGCAUGGUCAGAGUGGGGCCCAGAAGACUUCCAGUGUAUUCGCUGGUUGUUGCAUGUUUAGGACUGCUGAAUGCUUUUCUGCUCUUAGCUGCUGUUGUUAUUGGGAUUCACUGUGGUAAUGUCAGUGAGAGACCGUCUCUUUACCAAUUAACACCACAGAUGCUCAUCGAGGAGGUGAAGCAACUACAAGCAAUAACCAAGGAAACUAUGAAGAGUCAACAAGAGGCCCAACAAUUAUUAGAACAAGAGAUCAAGAGUCACGAGCAAGUAAAGCAUCAGUUAAAGCAGAACAAGAGUCUCUCUGACAACAUUCAGAGGCAGAUCGAGGCUCUGCGAGUGGAGAAGGCAACACUGCAGUCAGACUCUGCUAAUAUUAUGCAGAGUUGUGGACGAUGCCUGCCAGGAUUUUUAUUAUUAAACACAUCGUGUUACUUCCACGGUAGAUUUCCAUCCGUUUAACUGGACCGACAGCAGAGCGGACUGCAUCAGCCGCGGGGCUGACCUGGCAGUGAUCGAUAACUUUGAUGAGCAGGUGAAUCUUUUUGAAUACCUACCUAAGAUCCAGGUCUUAGGUAGGUAUAUUCGUCCGUGGGGGCUUGGAGGACUUUGGAUUGGCCUCACAGAUAUUCAAACUGAGGGAAAAUGGGUGUGGGUAAAUAACGCAACCCUGCAGGGUUCUGGGUACUGGUUGGAUGGGCAACCCGACAAUGAUGGAGCGCUGGGCGAAGACUGUGCAGCACUUUGGAAUGUAAACAACUCAGGAAGAAGGACGUGGUAUGAUGCAGGCUGCCAGAAGACCAAGGAAUGGUUGUGUGAAAGGAAACCCAUCUAGCUGUGCAAUGUGUAGCAGUCCUAAUUCAGGCUGAGUUAAAGUGAAACAUGAGGGAAGAAGAUGUAAACCCAAUUAUCCUUCAUAGCAAAUUUUAUUAAACAUUUCUUUUUUCUUGAAUAAACACAUGAAAUGUUUAAACAGUACUGGUUCUUCGGAUGCAGUUGUACUUUAGUCAACAGCGGAAUUUAACCUAAUGUACGGACUAUAAUAAUGAACAACAACAAAAGAAAAAAACCAUCUCAAAUCGAAAACAACAUUCCUAAAUUUAGCAUACAGACAAAUAAGUAAUUGCAACUGAUUGUAUAAAUAUUUACCUUUUAAUAUGAACUUAAAUCAUCACUGGUGCAGCCAACUGUCUUUUUAGAAAUAUAGAAUAUAUAUAUUGACAAUUAAAAUGUAUACAAACGUAGUUCAUAACUGCUGAAUGCACCCAUCAGUACUAAUAGAGGCUGUCAGAACAUUCAUAUUGCAACACUGAUGUGGUAAAAUGUUCAAAAAGGCUAUCUUUAAAACGUCAAUGGGUGGCAAUGAGAAAGUUACCACACACAAAAAGAGAAAAGAAAAGAAAUCAUCACGACAUCUUGGCCAGUGCAGCUUCUGUUGUGUUAAACGAUGUUUCCUACCUUCCCCAGCAGGAAAUCUUAAGUUUAAGGCUUCAUGGUGCUUCUUUGCAGGAGCCACAAGGAGACAUGCGCAGCAUUACGUGAGCCAAGAGGACUUAACUUCAACCAAGACACUAAACAAACAGCUGAAGUUUCACAGAAAUGACAUAAAACAAUAUGAAUGUGCUACAGUAGCCUAGCCAGCAUCAAUCCCACCAAUAAACAAUGGCAAAACUGACACAUGGUUUUAGAAUAAAUACUGUGCCCUGAGUGAAGAGCAAACAAUAAUAAGUGGGAGAUUUGUUCACUAACUAUGUUGAAAAUCCACAUUUCUUCGAAUAUUCACAUUUUCAUGUCACAUUCUCAAGUUUAGCUCAACUGCUCCCCUGGACUAUAUAAAUAUAGUUAAAGCCUUCUAAAGCACCCACAGCACCCAUAUAGCUGCUUACGGGUAUAAAGGAGGAGGUGAACAGAUCCGAGGGCAGUAGCAGCGACACUUCAGUCAUGGAGAGUUCACUAAAAGGAACAAAUGGCAAUGAAGCAACAUCUUUUCGUGAAAUGUUUGGACAAGUUAGCACAGGCGGUUACAAUUUUUCCAACUAUCGAAUGGUUAUACUAUGCCUGGGACUGCUGAAUGCUGUGUUGCUGAUCACUGCAGUUGCUAUUGGAAUUAACUGUGCCAGAGUCAAAGAGGACUCCCUCCACAUUUCCCACCCAACUGCAGCACAGCUCAUCAGUGAGCUUGCUGAUCUCCGUAGCAACCACAGCGAUAUGAUUGAAGCUGAAGUGGAGGCCAAGGCGACAUUACAGAGAGCGAUCAAAAGCCACGAACAACUAAAGGUGAAAAUUGAGCAGCUGAAGACGAAUAAUGACGUUUUCCAGAGACAGAUGGAAGCGCUGCGAGCAGAGAAGACAAACCUGCAGGUCAAUAUGUCAGCUUUGGAGGGAUCUUGUGGCCGAUGCCUCCCUGGAUGGAUUUUCCUCAACUCCUCUUGCUAUUUCUUUUCCUACACUGAGUCCUCUACGGUUAAAAAGAACUGGCCAGACAGCAGAGCAGACUGCAUUCGUCGUGGAUCUGACCUGAUUGUGAUUGAUGACCAGGAGGAGCAGAAAUUUGUUAGCAGCAGCAUUGACAACAUGAGAACUGCCAGAAACGUUUGGGAGAAUGGCUUCUGGAUUGGCCUCACUGACAGAGAUGAGGAGGGGAAGUGGAUGUGGAUUAACAAUGUCACAGAGGUGGAGCAAAGGUACUGGAUGCCUGGAGAACCAAACAACCUACACCAGGGAGAGGACUGUGCGGUUGCAGUUUACAGCAACAAUAAUCCUUGGGAGACCCGAUACGAUGCACGAUGCAAUGUGGCAAAGUUACACUGGAUAUGUGAAACACAAUCAAGAUAAAGUUCAGAUGUACACUUGCUAGGCUGGUUUAGAACUGCUGAGAAUAAAAGACUGUUAACAUG